GCAAGUCUCGGCAGAUCUGCCCCCCUGAAAUCACCCGAGCACGACUGCAACAUUUAUCUGCUCCAAAGUAUGGAAAAUGCAUCAGAAAAUGAAGACGGCGGCGGGAAAUCACGAAUGCAGUCGUGCUUGCUGCAGCGUUUGGGAGCGAGCUCGGCCCGUGGCGCCAUUGUCUCUCACAUUCCAGCUCCGCUAUUGAGGCCCAACAAUAUACUUCACUCUGCUGACUGUGUGAACGCCGAGCGUUUGAGCUCAAAGAAGUGUCCGUUUUCAUAUUCCUGGCAUUGUGCUUCAAAGUUACGUUCACACAUCUUCACCACAUCGCCUUUCUCAAAUACAAGUCUCACACACUCCUUGAAUUCUGCAGCUAUCAGUAUUUCAAUCAAUCCCGACAAUAAAUAAUCCCAGAAGGAAGUGCCAGCGAACAUUGAGCCCACAGGUAUGACACACAUAAAGCCAUUCAUCCCAGCGGAGUGAGAUAGUGUUGCCCGUGGCGGGGGAGAGGCCAGAGAGAGCGCUCUGAGGUGAGCUCUGGGUUACCUGCUGGUCUUUCAUUAACUCUGUUUUACAGCUCUGAAGGUUUCAGCAGGAUUUACUGAGGGUGAGUAAAUUAGAUGAGGAGAAAGGUGGGACAUAUUUCUUUGGUCUUACCAGUCUUUCCAGUUUUUUUUUUUUUUUUUUUUCGUCUUGUGCUUCACCAGCAGAGACCUGAGUGUAUUCGCACACAGCUCUGUGGUCUUGUUUUCAUCGGAUGCUGGGAUCGUGGUGUCGCGGGGCCUCGGACGGGAGAGGAUGAGUUUUCUGUAUUUUGUGCUGCCGGCGCUGGGAGGAUACGGCCUCACCUCCAUCUACCUGCUGAAGAACCCACACGUUCUCCACAGGAGGAAGCGCACGGCCUUCUACAGCACGCACAUCUCGCACAGGGGAGGAUGUGGAGAGAGGAUUGAGAGCACCAUGGAGGCGUUCACACAUGCUGUGGAGCAAGGCACGCAGAUGCUGGAGUUUGACUGCCACUUGACCAACGACGGACACGUGGUGAUAUCACACGAUGAAAACCUGCUGAGGCAGACCGGACACGAUGUGACCAUCUCCUCUCUCAACCUGCAGGAUUUGCCCCUAUAUAAGGAACGACUGGAGGUGACUUUUUAUACAGGACGCUACAGCAGCGGCACAGACAGGAAGUUCGCUCUGCUGGAGGAUCUGUUCAGGAAGUUCCCUGAGAUGCCGGUCAGCAUUGAGAUCAAGGAGAACAACCAUCAGCUGAUUGAAAAGGUGUCUGAACUGGUGAGACGCUACAACAGGGAGGAGAUCACAGUGUGGGCCACGGUCAACUCCAGCAUCAUGAGGAAAUGCCGCAGAAUGAACGACUCCAUGCCCUACAGCUUCACCAUGGGCCGAGGCGUGCUGCUUCUGCUUCUCUUCUACAGCGGUCUGCUGCCCUUCGUGCCCCUGGGAGAGAGUUUACUGCAGUUUUACCUGCCGCGCAUCAUCAACAGGACAUUCAUUUCUGAGCGAGGCAUCCUGAGGAACAAGCUCGUUCUCUUUUUGCUUGAAAAAUUAACAAUGAGGAGGAGUCUUUUUAAACACCUUGCAGCCCGAGGGAUCCAGGUACAUUUGUUUGUUUGCAAUGAAGAUGAAGACAUAAAGGCAGCACUCGAUGUGGGAGCCACGGGGGUGAUGACCGACUACCCCUCGCUUCUGUCAAGAUACCUCUGCAGAAACAGCAGUCAGGACUGACUCCGAACACACUGGCAACAUGGAAACUAUAAAGUGAACUAAGAUUGUAUUAAAACCCAAACUAAAGACUGUUAACUCUUAAGAAUUGUAUGAAAAUCUGAGAUCAUUUUCCUUCACUAAAACUCGCAUGAGCCUCUUAAAUACCAAUCCUUGACCUUUGAGGACAAAUUACUUAUUUGCAGAGUGAUCUGAAUUUGGCUCAUUUCCGCGGCCUCCCUUCACAGCAGGAGUGAAUAUUUAACCAACUAGACCAUAUGACCUUAGCACACAUUCCCCAUGAUAACAGAGCAAACGUGACUUUGUUUGACUGUAUCCGAAGUUAUUUCCUGCCGCAGUUUGAUGGGUUGGAAUAAGGAUCUGGAAAAAAAUCGGUUUGAUUUUUCUUUCUUUCAUAUGCUUGAGACUCAAAACAUAAACAUGAAAAUAAACGUAAAGAUAAACAUAGGAAUACCUACUCUGUAUCCACUUGUAAAGAUGCAGUUUCAGUGUGUGGUUUUUAUUCCAUCUGUCUUUAAUUUGUUGAUACGACGGCUGAGGGUGUCCAUGUGCAGCAAACCUCACCUGUGUCCCCGUUUUCCCAGGCAGCGGCGGUCAAAGUCUGGCCACACUGCCGUGAUAAUAAUCAACCAGUCUGUUGGUGAAACAAAGGCAGUAUUUUCCUGACCUGAUUGGCCAAGGCCUGCAGUGAGUUAAUGAGACGUAAGUGGACGCACGCAAACCCUGGUCUUUGAUAAACUGGCUGCAAAGAGUAAAUGUUUAAAUUGGUGAAACUGCAGAGGAAAAUGUGACAGUGCACAUCUUUCCAGGAAUCCGUGUGUUUAAAGCUUCAGUUAACAUUAAGGUCAUCUUGUAUCAAGAGUGAAAAGGCUUUUUAAUGGAAGUGAAACAAAGCUUGCUUAAAUAUCAUAUAAAUGCAAAGUAACUUAAAAUCUCUGCAUCACGGUAAUGACAGAAAAAUAUGUUUCUCUUCAUCUUAUGUCAAUGUGCAUAAUGAUAGCUGACAGCUGCAGGUGUACUGGUGUAUUACAGUGGUUUGGACUCUAAGUCAUGCAAAACAAAACCUACUGAGUGCAUUUAAAGCAGAUUUUGUGAUUUGCAGAUGAUCCAUUCGUUAAGCACGGACAUUGGCUGUAGACCUCCCUCUCAAAUGUCUUAGGUGUUUUAUAUUAACAAUAAAUCUCCAAUCAAUUUGUCAAGCUUAAUGAUUGACACAAAUUAGGAAUAAAGCAUAUCUGUCUGGUAAGUGUGCUCUUGUUAAACAAAAUGUUUAAGUGCAAAUUUGAUAAGAAAAUAAUUCUUCUGAUUAGAUAUGAAGGAAACAGAAAAGCAUGAUAAGUAAAUGUGAGAGCUGUUCUAAGGAUUAAAUACAUUGACAAUU